ACGCGCCUAUGCAAAGACGUGCCAGUCGCUCGGCGUGCGCGCGGGAAAACAUCGCGAAAUUUUAAAAAGUUACGAUUCAUAGACUAUACAGCCAGUGUUUCAUGACACGUGUUAAUGGUUAGUGAAUGAUUUUUAGUGAACAGAUAUUAAUGAGAUCGUUCCCGAAUGAAUAUUGAGCACAAAAACGGAGCCAGGAUGACUUUGCAUGAAGAUGAAGACAAACAGAAACACAAUCCCUAAUGGGAAACUAGAACAGUUGAAACACAACAAGAAACUCUUACAUUUACGCGGACUGAGAAAAAAUAGAAGAAUGACUUGAUUCUUAUAAAGUUUUUCCACGUGAUUCCAGUGUCGUGAUCCAAAUUUAAUAACACUCAAUUCACGUUAUCAUCCGACCAGAUCAGACAUUUUUUGUGUGCACCCAAAAGUACUUCAUUAAAGGUUUUUCAUAACAAUAGUUUCGCCUAUUCAAAUAUUGACAGUUCAUAAAAACUUUACAAUUUACCAAAGUUCAAUCAACUAUAAAGUGCUAAAUCGGUGUAUGACUCAGUGUUUUUUUGGCGUGCCAUUGAAAUAGUGAUACACUGUUAUGGUGAUACUUUUGUGAAACCGUGCCAACAUGGCUUGUCAGGGAGCCCUUCUGUUCUGCGUCUUUGUUAUAUCUCUUGCAAUUUGCCAAAGACUGGUGCAGGCGCAGCUUACGAGCACCGAGCUACGGCCGGUGUACCGAAUGACAGAAGCGACUCGAACAAACGGCACGGCGUUCGCAUGGAGCUCGUGGGGCCCGUGGAGCAAGUGUUCCAAGACGUGUGGGGGUGGCGUGUCCGUGCAGGAGCGGCAGUGCUUGCCCAGGGAUCCUUCGAGAAUGCGACGUAGUAGAAAAAGAAGGAAACUGAUUCGGAGCACGGAGCGUUUACGAAGGGCUCGCGAGAUUCCGAGCGGGGAUCCUGACUGCCCCGGCCUGGCGAGGCGGUACCAUGAGUGUAACACUGAGCCGUGUCCAGGCCCACUGCGAGACUCCCGCGCCGAACAAUGUGCUGUGUACGACCGACGACCGUUCCGAGGGAGGUUCUACACCUGGGUGCCCUAUGUUGAUGGUGACUCACCCUGCACCCUAAAUUGCCGACCUCGCGGUCAGCAGUUUUACGCCUCCCUAGCCCUUGUGACUGACGGUACGCCGUGCACCAAGCCCGGCUACAGGGCCAUCUGUGUACAGGGAUCCUGUAAGAUUGUGGGUCGAGAAGGAGUCCUAGGCUCGACUGCAUCGCGCGAAGUGCGAUGCGGUCGCCGGCUGGUCUCCGGCCUAUUCUCCCGGCCGAGAUUGCCCCUCGGCUACUCCUACGUGACCACGGUCCCGCGCGGGGCAUGCCGCCUCAACAUCUCGGAGAUCGUGUCCAGCGAGAACUAUAUCGCUUUGAAAGUGACGAACGGGUCCUACAUAAUGAACGGCGAGUUCGCCGUGAGCGCCCCUGGCACGUACGAGGCCGCAGGUGCGAGGUUCAAGUACUCGCGUGCCGCGGGCCUCGACACUGUAUUCGCGCACGGGCCCCUCCACCAUCCCGUAGAUAUUAUGAUCCUGUACACUCAGCCGAACCCGAACAUAAAGUAUGAAUACUUAACCGACACGGAACCUGAAGAAACAAACGACAUACCAACAGCCAGCCCUCCAGAGCCUCAUUAUCCCCAAAGACAUCACCGGCACUACAACGCCGAGUCCCACACUAGGGCUCUUGAUCAUCCCAUUCAAGAUCCAUCUUUACCACGACAACAAAAUCAUAAUCAAAAUUCUUUUGAGAACCAAGCGGAUUCAAACGCAAUUGGAGAAAGAAGAUUCACAUGGAAGAUACUCUCAUUUACACAAUGUACACGAACAUGUGGUGGAGGUCUUCAAAUUGGUAAAUUCAGAUGUGUGGAAGUAGACAAACUGACCGGCCGUGAUCGAGAGGUUUCCUCAGUGCAUUGCUCAGGGAGUGCUCCUCCGGUGCGUCGACGUCGGUGUGGUGUUACUCCGUGCCCGCCGAGGUGGAGAGCAGCUGCGUGGGGACCUUGCCCGGUUUGCGGGCCUGCUCAGCGGACAAGGAUUGUUGGAUGUGUUCAGGACCAUGCUCGAGGAAUCACCAAGGUCAGCGACCAGAAGUGUCCCCUUCCCAUGCCUCCGAGCAGCGAACUUUGCGACAUUCCUAACUGCGAUGGAACCGUCUCCACCGAAACUCCAAGACCUGAUACUAGGCGUCAGGUCCGACCGAGAGACAGGACUGAUUCUUUCCAUGAUGGCCCAGUUAUAUCGCUUGCACGAAACGUGUCUGACAAUGAGAUCGGACCGACGCUAAGUCAACAAGCGUUUAGUCAUUCUGGUGGUGGCGGAUGGUUGUAUACUGAGUGGUCUGAGUGUGUUGGCUGGUGUGUCGGCGGUGGUGUUCAAUCUCGAGGAGUUCGAUGUGCUGACCCAGCCGGCUGUACGAGUCACCGCGCGCCAGCAUCAUCACAAAGCUGCUCUGUGAGAAAGCAAUGUGACGCGCAAUGGUUCACUGGUGAAUGGUCCCCCUGCUCAGCAUCAUGCAGCGGGCGCCAGGUCCGCGGAGUGGUCUGCAUCGGAGGCACCGGGCGCCGGCUGCGGGACGGCUCGUGCCGCGCACCGAAGCCAGAGACUGAGCGAACUUGCGGGGGCACUUGCGCUCCUAGCUGGUACCUGAGCGAUUGGAGCGAGUGCCAAGGCCCCUGCGAGGCCGGAAUCCAGAGCCGCACAGUAUGGUGCGCGCGCGGCGGGGCGGACGGCGCGGAGGGCGCGGCGCGGGACUCCGAGUGCAACACCCAACGUCCUUUAGCGCGGCGGACGUGUGUACCCGCUCGCUGUUCAACGAGGCCCGCGGUCAGGCCUGCGGUGAUCAGUCCUCCUGCUGUUACAGACCCACAGCAGCGAGUGACAAGAAAUCAAAGUCCAAAUACGCAGAACACUAGGGACAGGACAACUGCUAAUGGACAAUGCAUAGACAAGUUAAGCAACUGCGCCCUGGCGGUGCAGGCCCGACUGUGCCACUACCCGUAUUACGCUGACUACUGCUGCCGCUCCUGCCAUGGCCGGUAAACAUGAAAGGAAAAAGUCUCUGGCGCUGACACAGUAUUGUGAUAAAAGGACGCACAGUGAGAACGUAAUUUAUAACAUAGUGUAAAGUUGCACUGGCCUUACGCACACUGAAUAAUCUCACCAGGAUCCAGUGCUAAUGAUUGGAGAACGACCAUUUUUGUUUCACGUGAAAUUGCCAUAAACUAUAACUAGGUAGUAUAUUUAGACAAUGUGCUAGGGUAUAAUAAUAAUAUACACGGUGGCUAAAUAAUAAGUGCAUUCCCGUUACCAUGGAGGUUUUGGGAUUAUACUCAGCAACUUUUACUAUGAUAACAAUCCCAAAAUCGCGAAAAAAAAUUUGGCUGUUUCAUAAAUUUUGGCUGAUCCAUUUUCUAUGGGAGGAUAACUUUUUUUUUCGCAAUUUCGUGGUUAGUCCCAUAGUAAAAGUUGCUCAGUAUAAUCCCAAAACCUACCUGGCAACGGGAAUGCACUUAUUUUUUAGUCACCCUGUAUACAUACCUAGAGUCGGACUAAGCUAACUCUGCAUGGCAUUUGCUAAGACAAAGUGUGGUAAUGAUAUUAUUACCACACUUUGUCAUUAUUACUUUGUAUUAAUCAGUCAAAUGUCUAUGAUAUGACGUUUAUAAUGUCACCUCCACACUUUUUUAGUCUGUCAAAGUGGGUGCAGUUAGUUUAGGCAGGCUAGAUUAUUAGGGAUUUUUUUUCUUUUUUUCUGAAACGUCUUGCUUCUAAGUGUUUGCUCUUCAUCUACGUAUUAUAUAUGAUAAUCGAAGCAGGUGUUGGUAAGAUUUACACUCUCAGGUAUAAACGUGAUAUUAAUAUGUAUUUCACUUCGAUUCACGACAUGCCUAUAUUAAAUGUUGGUCUAAUGGCCGUAUGCUCGACUGUUUAGUUAGGCGUGCAUUUAGACUAGAUUAAAUCCCGGAUUCAAAAUCGAAAGCCUCGUGUUAAAAAUUGGUACGGUCCAUAGUCGAAUCAGAUAGAUUAUUCAGUUUAAAAGCGCUCUACUAAACCGCAAAAGGUACUUGUUGUAAUAAGAAACUAAACCGCAAAAGGUACUUUAUGUAAUAAGAAAACCUUGAAGAGAAAUAGUGCCAUAUUUAUGAAAUGAAGAUAUCUUUAUAGUCUACCAUACAACCGGAAAAAUGGCGAAGUGUCUUCUUAUCAAUUUACAGUUCCAAGAUCGUGAAUCAUCGCCUAAAUUAAAUACAUCAGGAAAUUAGUUGAAUAUUAAGAGACAUUGUGUAAAAACAUAUUUUCCUUUUUUUAAAUAUUAUGGCAUAUACCUACUUUUUCUUUUAGGUUGCAUUACUUCGUGAAAAGAAUUGUUCGUUAUUAAGAUAACUGUAUCAAAAUGUGGACGUGAAGAGUUUAUAAGACCUUUAUUCAGUCUAUAUUCAUACUUUAUUCAUGAAUCUUACAAAUUUGAGGUAUGUUAAUAUUUCACUAGUAUUAAGCUCGUGUAAACUAGGCGUAUGAAUUAAGUAUAAUAAGUAUUAGUAGUUUUGUGAUCUCCAGUUUAUAGAAUUGAAGUCGAUCUGUGGAUAAAUAGUAGAAAAAAACAACUGUGCUAUUCUUUGUGUUAUAAUUAUAUUUCAGCGCUGCGUUGCCUUCGAAUACAUUAAAAAUAAAUCACCUAUCAAAUUUUUAAAGUACCUAUUAAAGGGAAACAUUUUAUGCACUAGAAGUUGAAAGUUUGUAGUUUGAAAAAUGCAGUGCUGAAAUUUUCUUAAAUUUAUGAUCGCGCUGAAUAAUUAGUGUGAUUGGUCACUAUGUUUAAUACCCCUAAGAAAUAGCUAUUUUAUAUAAUUGCACAUCGUUUACCUGUAUGAGUUUGGCAUAUACAUAUAAGUAGUUACUUUGCUUACAUAAGAAAUGUAAAAUCGCAAAUUGUAAUUAGAGUAUGACGUUUUAUCACUUAUGUAAAAAUCUUUAUUCCAUAAGAACUCUAUUUUGCAAGAUACUUAGAAAUGUCUAUAGUGUAGUGAACUAUUUAGUAAUAGUAGAAAUCACUUUAUUGUACACAACACAGGUUUAUAAAAAUAAGUAACAGUAAUACAAAGGCGAACUUAUCCCUAUAAGGGAUCUCUUCCAGCUAACCUUCGAGUAGAUGAGUGGAAAACUAGUUAGGUCAGAUAGACAAACUUACGGGACAUACAAUAAUAACUACUACGACGUACGGACGGACGGACGUAUUAUUUUCUACGCAAAUGUAGUUAAGUGGACUAGGAGCUAGGAGGUAGUUCCUAUCCAUAUUAGGCUACCUUGCGCCUGUUACUUAAAAUGAUGUGCUUACUACUGAACCUGAUAAUAUCAAAUAUUCGUUAUGUAAAAGUAUAAUAUAUUGUGAUUUUACUAAAACUACCUACACCUGGGAGGUUAGGGGUUUAUAAACACCUUUGCAUAUUUGGUACUCAAAUCCUUGUAUUGCAGAAUGUAUAAAGAGUAAAAAAUGGUACCUUAGUAAGACGAAUAGUAUUUCCUUUAAUUUAUUUGAUCACAAGAAACACUUGUCUAUUAACGUGUAAUAUUUUGAACAAGAAUAUAUUUUUGUUAGGUAUUCUUAUUUUGUAUAAAUCCAAUUUAAAGAACAAUUCCAGGUUGAUGCCUGUUAUGUAGAAUAGUGACGCGUUUAUAGUAUGUUUAUAUUUAUGUCAACUAUCAAAGAGUAAUUACUCUAUUAGGUAUAGAAAAAAUAAAUGUAUAUAGUACUUCAUAUUUAUAGUGCAUUUACUUACUGGCUGUUAAGUAUUUAUGUGUUCUUAGGUAUUAUAAACUGCGAUUACAAGUACAUAGUCUUCAAUUUACCCAUUUUCACAGUAAAAUCAAGUGCUGUGUUGUAUCUGUGUUUGUGCUGAACAAAUUUAAUGCAAGAAAUACGCUUUAGUUUUGGUGAAUUCGGCGGUUCUGUACUCUGUACUGGCUACUCUUAAAAUAGGUACUCGUAAAGACAUACUUACACACUUAAUACAUUACAUAUACAUAGAGUAAUAAACACUACUGUGUGAAAGUGGGAAAUUUUUUCUAAACAAGAGAAUUAAUGUAAAAAGUAAUUGGUUUUGCAAUAAAUGCCUAACUGCAGCUUACCAGUUUACAAGUUUUUAAUAAUGUAUCUACUAAUUGUUGCGUAAAAUAACAAUGUACAAAAUAAAAAGCUUGAAGAAA